CUAAUUAUGUCAUGGCUUCUCUCAGUAGACUUCACAACACAAAGUCAAUUGCAGCUCGUCAGCAAGGCCUUGCGCACUCCGUGCAACACGCGGAUAGAAAAGGCCUCCCCGAGCUAGCCAUAAGAGGAGCAGUGCCCAUGGAAGAGGAGAGGCACUAGAGGAGCUCUUCUGAGCCGUCCUUCCAGCCAAAAGAGUGAAUGGAAGCCAAUGCGGCAUCAAAUCUCCAAACAGGCAAUUCAUCUCCAUCAAUCGUAAUCCGACUACCGUCUGGUGAUGUCCAGAGGCAAUUACUGGCACAAGCAUGGGAGGUCUUAGGUGUGUCGAUGGAGAAUGGCCGCAUCGCCGAGCAGCUCAUCUUUGUUUGGGAUCAGAUAAGGGUGGCGGUUGUGGUGCCGCUGCUAAGGAUUGCCAUCUUCUGGUGCUUGCUCGCAACAGUGAUGAUCCUUAUUGAAAAGAUUUAUGUUGGCAUGGUUAGCCUCGUUGUUAGGAUUUUUGCACUCAAGCCGGAGAAAAGAUACAAGUGGGAACGCAUAGAGCCAGAUUUGGAGAAGGGCAGUGCGGCCUUUCCAAUGGUCGUGGUUCAGAUACCCAUGUACAACGAGAAAGAGGUAUACAAGCAUUCCAUUGGGGCAGCAUGCGGUUUGGACUGGCCAUCGGAUAGAAUAAUAAUCCAAGUGUUGGAUGAUUCCACUGACCUUGUUGUUAAG